GCCGCUCUGGAAUGCGUGAUGAGAGCGGUGGUUUAUGUUUUGUGUGCUGUUGGUUUCGCUCGUUAUUUCUGCUCUACAUGAAGUUAAUCUUAGCACUCUACCCAACUCUUAUAGUCUGUAACUAACGCGUGUACUAUGGCGGCCAUAGAAUCCUUCAUGCAAUAUACGCUGUGCGAGCUGUGUAGGGUGAGUCAUAACGUUGGGAAGAAGCACGUAUAUUCGAAGAAACACCAAGAAAUCGUCAAAAAUGUGUUGGCAAAGUACCUUAAGAAAGUGAACGAAGCGAAGCAAUUCCUGAAAAAACCCGAAGUGCACGAUUUGCUUUGGGAAGAUGGGGCUAAAGUUUGGUGCUACUUUUGCACCGUGGAGGUCGAAAAACAUGGGAGAAAUGUUGACGAUGCUUUGAGCGUUCGCAGCUACAACUUUCUCCUGCACCUCGCAACGCCAGCCCAUGAAGCAGCCUGCAAGUCUUUCUUCUGGAAGAACAAAAUCAGCAAGGCAUCAGUUAAGCUGUACAUAAUCAACAGUGCCAUAGUUUCGAAAGCCGAGCCACUUAUUAAUGCUGCAGAGAAGGCCUACCUUGAGAAAAUGGAAAGGCUGCAUCAAAAGAGUGUUUCUGCCAUCCUUAAAGCCAACAAGCAGAGAGAAGAUAUUGUGAAGAAAGCACGCCUCGAGUACUCUUCAGCGGUUAGCGAACACGCUGGUCCCCAAGCCCCAGCCUGGCUGCAGCAGCUGGUCAUCACUAAAUGGCAGUUCAUCAUCGAGUGUACAGCAUUAUUAUAUCAUCGCAUCGUGUUCUGCGAAAGUGCAUCCAUUGCAAAUUCUUGCUUUUCUUCUACGCUACGUUUAAAGCGAGCCAUACCACAGGGGAUGAAGGGAAAUAUCCACACUGGAGCAAAGCCUCCCUGGCUGUGUGAAGACAGUGAGGAGGAAGAUGAAGAGGAGGCAACCAUGGCCAAGCGUCCAUGCAUUGGAGAGGUUUCCAAGGCUCCCAUUGGACCCACCAUGGAGGACUUCCAGAAACAUUUGUUCCUGGAGAAGCGGAAGAAGCUCAACCCAAACCGUGUUGGGGCAAAUUUCGACCACUUUUCGGAGACAUCAGAAGAGUGGCUUCCAUCAUUUGGGCGUGUGUGGAACUUUGGUAGAAGGUGGCAGUCUAGGAGUCAAUACCGAAAAGAAGAAAAGACUGCGAGGAAGUGGAAGAACCCAAAGGAAAGUUAAACUUCGCCCGCACAAAUACUUGUCUUAAUGGGCACAAUGCUGUCACUGCUUUUUGUAAAUAAUAAAUGGUAUAUAAUGUCUGAAGCUUGCAGCAAUUUCU